CUGCCACUGGGAUUGCCACGCUGUUUCGCUACCCUUUCCUCGACUUAGUCCUUUCCUUUCUCUAUUCUCACCACAAACUACCAUUUUCAUUUCAUUUCAUUUCGUCGCUAGUAAUUUUCUCCAUAAUAAUUUGUCUUCCCUCUCCUCUCAGUCUUCAUUUGAUACAGUGGUUGCUGAUUCUAUUUUCAGUGCCAUGCUUCGCUUUCACCCAAGAUAGAAUCUUUUUUCUUUUUCCUUUGGGUGGAACGUUUAUGACUUAUGAGGAAAGAAGGACAUCGUCAACUGGGGGUUUGGAGAUAAUAAGAAAAUAUGAUAAUAAUGAACUCAGACACGUGCUGCUACACUUUACUUUUAAUAAAGUUUCUUAGGAACCGUGGGGUUUUGUUUUUGUUCAUCAUGCUUCUCAUUGGUAGAGCUGCACGAAAGCGUUGUGAACCCUCUGAAUUUAGCUUCACACGAUCAAGUUAGUAGAAAGUGGUGAUUUCACUGUUUCAUGGCAUAUUUGGAGAGUGUGAUCAUGAUGAUGGUUUGGAAUUAAUCAACUUGGUUCUGUCGGAAGGUUUCUUCUUAUCGUCUUCGUUAAACUAGCUAAGGAUACUCCCCUGAAUGGGAACUGAUGGCGGUGAACAGAUAGAGACAUUACCAAAUCCUCGCUCCUUUAAGGUACAUCGUACAAUGUGCACAGAACUCAGGAAAUUAGUUGAUAGGAUAUUGCGGAUUAUUCCACAGAUAGAAGCAGCACGCCCUUGUGGAAUGCAGGCUCUGUGUUUGCUGAACAAGGCAAUUGAUAAAGCCAGACAACUGCUGCUAUACUGCUCCGAAACUAGUAAACUUUACCUGGCAAUAACAGGGGAUUCCAUACUCUCAAAAUUCCAGAAGGCAAGAAAAUCGUUAGCCAAAAGCUUAGUCCAGAUUCUGAAUAUGGUUCCAGUUAUGUUGGCUGCAGAGAUUUCUCGACUAAUUGGUGAUCUUGAGUGUGUGACAUUUGUCUUCGACUCUGCUGAAGAAGCAGCUGGGAAGGUUGUGAAACGAUUGCUCCAGCAAGAUCCUUCAACGUCAGAUAAAGAUUUAAUGGAGGAAUCUGAAAUAAAAGAUUUUCAGUUUGUAGCAGCAAGACUUGGUAUUACAUCCCCAACGGCCAUCCUAAUAGAGAAACGAUCUAUUAAGAAGUUGCUAGAAAAACUCAAACGAAAUGACCAGACAAAAGAGAUUGUCUUGAAAAAUCUUUUGUUUCUCCUGAUAAAGCACCGGAAAUCAAUCACAGGAGAACAAAUGGAGGUCUAUUCUCAAAUUGAAGUACCAAUUACAACUGAGAACUCAGGUCAUGAGUCUCAAGAAAACCUUCAUGUCAAGUCAGACCCAUACUUGAGCCAUGGUCAGUAUAGAACUCAUGCCGGUGAUUUGAGCAGACUUACACCUCCUAAGGAAUAUACAUGUCCAAUAUCUUUAAGGUUGAUGUAUGACCCUGUUGUCAUUGCUUCAGGAAAAACAUAUGAAAGGAUGUGGAUACAAAAGUGGUUUGAUGAGGGUAAUACUAUAUGCCCCAAAACUAAAAAGAAACUGGUUCAUAUGGCAUUGACUCCAAACAUUGCCUUAAAGGACUUAAUAUUAAAGUGGUGUGAAACUAAUGGAGUCUCCAUUCCUGACCCGAGUAGGCUAGUGCAAGAUUGUCACUCAUGGGAAGCUUCCUCCAACUCCAUUAGGAGUUUUGGAAGUUCUUUGUAUGAUUUGAACUUCCCAACGGAUUUUAGUAACAUGUCUCUUGGAUCAUUAGAUACCAAUUAUAAUUCAGAUUCCUCCCACACUAAGGCCAAUCAUAGCUUAAAUUUGAUGUUGAACAAGAGCAGUGACAAUUCACACAGGCAUCAAUCUCGUGCACGGAUACAUGAUGCUGAUUGGAUGCAUUUGUCUAAACUCCAUGAGCGUCAAUGGGAAUCUCAAUGCCAAGUCAUUGAAAAUAUAAAAAUGGAUUUCAAAUGCAAUUGCCAAGCUUUUUGCUGUGUGUCAUCUGAGAAUUUCAUUGACCCACUCACGAGAUUUCUGAGCACUGCGUGUGAGCGGCAUGAUGUAAAAGCUCUGAGAGCAGGAACUAAGUUGCUAUUGGAAUUUAUGAAGUGUUGCAGAAAUGGUAUGACCAAUUUAAGUGAAGAUACGUGCAUUAUGUUGGAAAGUCUUCUUGAUACAGAAGUGAUUGGUGAAGCUCUCACCAUAAUGGAAGAACUGACAGGGAAUUGGUAUGAAAAAACUAACAUUGCAGCUUCCAGUGUACUCUCUUCUGUUUCAAAGAUCCUUGAUUCAGGUAAUGAAGAGUUCCGACGAAAAGCUAUUAAAAUAAUGAAUAAUUUUUCAUCCAAUGGUCAAAUUUGUCCCUACAUGGUGUCUCUCGGGUGCAUCCCAAAAUUACUGCCAUUUUUUGAAGACAGAACCCUUUUGAGAGACAGUAUACAUAUUUUGAAAAACCUUUGUGAUACUGAAGAGGGUAGGGUUACUGUUGUUGAAACAAAAGGAUGCAUAUCUUCUGUUGUUGAAAUACUUGAGACUGGCAGUGAUGAGGAAAAAGAAUCUGCGCUGGUUAUUCUUCUCUCCUUAUGCUCUCAACGUGUGGAAUACUGUCAGUUGGUUAUGUAUGAGGGGAUUAUUCCUUCUCUUGUCAACAUCUCCAACAAAGGAAGUGAUAUGGCAAAGGCUUAUGCAUUAGAACUACUCCGUCUUUUGAAGGGUGAUAGCGAGUUUGAGUAUGAAGAUUGUUGUGAGCCAAAUCUCAACGGCUCUCAAGAACCUAACAACAAUCACUAUCAAGAAAAGAAAUCGUCAAAGAAACCGUCAAUUUUGAAGAAACUGUCACUCUUCUCAAAAUCCAUUUCAGUUGCACCAAAAACCAAGAGAUGAAACUGAAUUCCCAUGCAUUUUGACCUUUUGUAUAUAUCCUCCAGAACCUUUUUAUGUGCUUGAUAAGAGACAUUUUGGAUUGCUGGAUGACAGAUAGGAUUUUUAUAUAGGGUCUUUUAAUCUUUGUAGUGGGUAUGGUCUACUACAUAAUUUUGCAAAGUAACUGCUGACUGUAUGAAGUAUAGUUCUGCUUUAUGGUGUAUAGUUAUUAUUUUGACAUGCCAAGCCGGGGAUGAAGAUGGUAGAGAAGUUCUCCUUUUUUUCUUUUCCUCUCAAGAUGUCAACGGGACGUUUGAUGCCUGUGGCUUGGUGGUCUCGGAUUAUAGUUAUAGGAACAGCCUUAGUUGGUAAGGCAUUGAGCUGCCUUUCUAUUUGUUAUUGUAUAUGCUGAACAGAGUUUAGGGGAGAUAUUUUGAAUGGUUUAUAAUUAUAUUGUUCUCAUACCACUCACUGUCUAUAUUAUUUUAUUUUAUGUUCAAA